UCGGCUGCACUCGCCGCAGCGGCGCGCGACAAAGUUGAAAGGUGACUCGGCUGCUGCGGUGCACCUUCAUUUUCAAAAUAAAAAAUACCGCUGGCGGCGCUGCUGUCACUUUAUAAACAAGCAGACCACAUAGCGCUCGGACAUGCCGUCAGAUUGCAAAUUUCGGAGUCGCCGGUAUACACACGAUGAUGCGUAACAGUCGCGCAGCGUGACAGUUGAGAAUUGUUUAUAAACAUCGAAGUGCUUAAAAAACGGAGCAAAGCUGCAGCUGUGCACGAGCGCAGAUAAUGGCCAACGAGCCACAAGUGGUCGAGCACUUUUUCGGCGUCUACCUGCUCUACUGCAAGAAUCCCAAGUACAAGGGCAGGACGUACAUCGGCUACACGGUCGACCCGAGACGGCGCAUCAACCAGCACAAUGCCGGCCAGAAAUUCGGCGGCGCCUGGCGAACGAGCAAUCGUGGCCCAUGGGAAAUGGUAUUGAUCAUUCAUGGAUUUCCAAAUUCUACAUCUGCCUUGCGGUUCGAAUGGGCCUGGCAGCAUCCUCAACUGAGUCGUCGGCUCAAGCACGUGGGCAAGAAGCGAGCGCGCCAGAAGACGUUCGACUACCUGCUGGAGGUCUGCUCGGCGAUGCUCAACUGCGGACCCUGGAACAAGCUGCCGCUGACGGUGCGCUGGCUCGACGACGAAUUCGGCCAAAAAUACUCGACGCACCUCACGCCGCCGCUCCACAUGCCCAUCACCUACGGCAAAGUCACCUCGAGGAAGAAGAAGACGACGACGACGACGACGAGUAAUGACAAGGCCAAAGAGGGUAAACGACGCGCCAAGAAAAACGAGGAACCGAGAAUCCAGGAAGAAGAGAGGGAGGAAAAAAUGGAGCAGUGCUCGCUGUGCUCGGAACCCGUGGUGCCGGAUCAUCGCGUGAACUGCAUCAAGCCGGACUGCGCCCUGGUCGCGCAUCUCGUCUGCUUGGCCAAACUGUUUUGCAAGGAGAGCGGCGACAUACUGCCGGUGGAGGGCUCCUGCCCGAUUUGCGCCACCGACCUGCUCUGGGGCGAUUUGAUCAGAAAGAAGAUCGGUUGCAAUCUGCACAUCGACGCCGACGUCGAUGAGUCAGGCUCGUCCUCGUCGUCUAGCGAGGAAGACGACGAUUAUCAGAGCGACGAUUGAUGUAAUAUCGUUUCAUUGUACAUACGAUUAGCAUUUAAGUUUGUAAACGAACGAGAGACUGAUUAGUUUAUUGAUUUUUUUAUGCAACGAUAAUCAUGUAAAUAUCUUGUAUCUCCGCAUCAAAUGAGAGACAGAUAAAAAUUUAUUUUGGUCAAAAUAAAACCAACUCAAUUGAA